AAAACAAGAGGGCGACUCAAAAAUGGCCUAAUCAACAUUUCAUAACAACACUCGGCGAAAUAAUCUGUUUUCAAUUUUAUCAACGAAAACGUUAUUAUAUAAAACAUUUUAGUUAUGCUUCCGAAAACUAGUAUUGUUUCAAAGUGUUUCAAUACAUUUGAAGGCGCAGUAUGCAAACACUGUUAAAAUACGAUUUAAUUUUCUGAACCGAAUUUUCAAAGCUAUUUUUCUCGAUUCGAUAUCAUUGCGACUUCGGCCCUUUGGUCGAUUCAUGAUCGAAUUGUUUAUGUUGUUUUCAUUUGUUAACUACAGGCUGAUUAAUAAGAAAACAGAAUAAUGAGUGCAUGUUGUAUCUGCAAGAAACACCGUGUACCCGGAUCGAGUGUAACGUUUCACAGGUUUCCAACGGACAAAAAUCUUGCUCGUACGUGGUGUAAAAUUAUUGGCCUUGAGCAUCUCCCGCUGCCAUCGGCAAGAGUUUGUGAAGAACAUUUCGGCGAUGAAGAUUAUUCCGCCGUAUAUGGGCUUACCAAAACAAAAAUGUUGGUUGCUGGAGCUGUACCAAAUAAAAAUAUGCCCCCAUCAGAUAACAAACGAAAAGCUGAUCCUCCCAACCCUGUCCCCACUAAACAUGCCCGUGUUGAGGUCCCACCGUAUCUAUUGGAAAUUGCUGAUAUUCUUAAUGAAACCGCCGAUUCUAACACAGUUGAAUAUUUCCACGAUUCGAGCGCUCAAACCAUCACCAUUCGUUACGACGGAAAAACAGAACCCCAACUCCCCGGAGUUAAACAUUCUGUAUUCUGCCACCGAUGCAACGCCGUUUUCAAGAACCAAUCCGACCUUAAGUUGCAUAUGAAAAUUUGCAUAGAAAAGCUUAAACCGUACCAAUGCGCCACGUGUUCAGCAUCAUUUGACACCAUAGGUGCUCUAGGUAAACACAAAUGCAACCAGACACCUGAUGAAGAUCAAUCCAAACCGAUUAAAAAAUCACACGAUCAGAUGGAAGAGGGUUUCCGGAUGUCAGCGGAAGAUCAAGAAAAGUUAGGAUUUCUGUCGAGGUCGAUAGCUGGAAAAGAAUACGACUCUGAUUCGGAAGGGUACGAUUCAACGGAUGAGUCGCGUCCAAAUAAGAAAUGUGAAGAAUGUAUGUGUUUGAUACCGGUUAGAAAAAUGGAAAGUCACUAUCAGAAACGUCAUGAAGGUUGUGCUCCGCCUUUUGCUUGUAGGGUAUGUGAAGCAAGGUUUGCUUCCUGUGCCGAGUUGUGUAAACAUUUAAAGUCUCACUCGCGUGAUCAGCUAGCGGAAUGCACAAAAAAGCAUCCAAACGGUUUGAGAUACUUCAGAAGAAACUACCACCAUUUUGAGUGCUGUUUGUGUGGAAAUGUUUUUGACACGGAAGAAGCUGUUCGUGUUCAUCAAGUUACGCAUUUAUCCGAAAGGAUCGGAUGUCCGAUUUGUCGAUCUGUUUUCUCCGAUAAAUCAACGUUUUUGGAACAUCUUCGAGAACAUCAAGGUAUAUAAGCUGAUAAUUACAGUUUAAAGAUGAGAUUAUUAAAAAAAACAUGUUCCUGGUAACUCGAACUGUAUACAUCAGCCCUUCAUGAGAGCGGUUGUUUAAUAAAAAAAAUCGAAUAGAAAACUAA